UGUGUCGCUGUGUACCAAUGAGGCACCCAGACAUUGCCACAGAUCCAUCCCUCCUCCCCGAACACCGCGCAAGGCGAAGAACCGGAAAGAAAGAAAAAGCAGUGAUUUAGUGUUUACAUUCGCCUCUAACAGCCAUGUUUUCCCACACAAUCUUUCUCAACUACUAGAAGAGGAUAUCAACUAUUCUUCAGGAGAUUUUAUUUUCGGCAUUAGGCUGCAUACAGGUGGUUGCAGCGAUCUCUCCGUUUGGAUUCACACAGCACUCCGAAUGCAAGGACUAAUUCGGACAGAGAAUGCUAACGUGGUCUUUCAUUUUCCUGCUUUGUGUCUGCAAAGAUGUCUCUGGACAGAUCCGUUAUUCAAUUCUUGAAGAGUUGGAGCGAGGGGCCUUUGUUGGGAAUGUCGCCAAGGAUUUAGAUUUAGACGUGAAGGAUUUUGCUAAUCGCAAACCGCGGAUAAUAUCCGAGGCAAGUGAGCGGUAUUUUAAGGUAAAUUUAGAUAACGGUGAUCUGUGUGUGAAUAUUAAGAUAGAUAGAGAGAAACUCUGUGGACAGAACAGUAAAUGCGUUCUGAGUAAUGACAUUAUGCUUGAUAACCCCGUGGUGUUGUACAGCGCCGAAGUCGAGAUAUUGGAUAUAAAUGAUAAUGCCCCCAGAUUCUCGAAUGAGGAGCUACGUUUGGAGAUCGUGGAAUCGGUGGCGCCGGGUACGAGCUUUUUGCUCCCGAGCGCGCACGAUCCCGACGUGGGCACUAACUCCAUCAGCACUUACCAUCUGAACGCCAAUCAACAUUUCGCCUUAGAAGUCAAAAACAGCAGCGACGGCAGUAUAACUGCAGUCCUGGUGCUGACUAAGCCUUUGGACAGGGAGAUACAGGCAACCCAUCGAUUACUUCUGACAGCCAUUGACGGCGGGACCCCAGUGAGAUCGGGCACGGCGAAAAUCAUCAUCAAUGUCCUUGAUGUCGACGACAAUUGGCCCGUGUUCGACCAGGCCAUCUACAAGGCGAAGUUACCAGAAAACGUCCCGGUCGGUACGGUAGUCAUCAAACUCAACGCCACUGACUUGGACGAAGGUCCCAAUGGCGACAUCAACUAUUCAUUUAGUAGCAGCACCCCGGCUAGAGUACGUGAUCUCUUUAGCCUGGGUGCCAAGACGGGAGAGAUGAGAAUAAAAGGAAGGUUGGACUUUGAGGAAAACAGUUUUUACGAGAUUAACGUAGAAGCCAAGGACAGUGUUCAUUUCUCACUUUGCAAAGUUAUCGUGGAGAUCAGUGACGUGAACGACAACUCACCCGAGUUAACGCUGAUGUCGGUGACAAGCCCCAUUCAGGAGGAUGAGCCAAUUGCGACUUUCGUCGCCCUGAUGCGAGUAACGGACCGAGAUUCCGCAGAGAACGGGCAGACCCAGUGUCACAUUUCGAAAGGCCUACCAUUUAAUCUCAAAACAUCUAAGAAGAACACCUACACGCUCCUCACCAGCCGCAAACUGGACCGAGAGGUGGCAACUCAGUACACGAUUGACAUAGUGUGCACUGAUACAGGGACUCCUCCGCUCUCCACUAAUAAAACCAUCCUUAUUCAUAUAUCCGAUGUUAACGACAAUCCACCACGUUUUACCCAGGCUUCGUACACAGUCUAUGUGCCAGAGAACAGUCCUGCUGGUUCAUCCAUCGGCUCUGUCUCCGCUUUCGACCCGGAUCAGUAUAGAAAUUCGUAUGUGACCUAUUCGAUCCUCAACAGCCAAAUACAUAACGUGCCUGCCUCCGCCUAUGUUUCAAUUAACUCGGACACCGGAGUGAUCUAUUCCCAACGCUCUUUUGACUACGAGGAAGUCAAGAACUUCCAGGUCCAAGUUCAAGCUCGGGACUCUGGGUCUCCAGCACUUGAUAGCAAUGUGACUGUGAACGUGAUUAUCCUGGACCAGAACGACAACGCACCCCAAGUCAUCGCUCCCAUGACGAAGAACAAUUCUGAAAUAAGGUUACCUCGCUUUGCUGAUCCGGGUUAUCUCGUGACCAAAGUGAUGGCUGUAGAUGCUGAUUCCGGCCAGAACGCUCGGCUGUCCUAUCAGUUGCUUCGAGCAACGGAUUCAAGUCUAUUUACUGUGGCACCCAGUUCGGGAGAAAUCAGGACCGCCCGCCCCGUGACGGAAAAGGAUGAUUACAUUCAAAAACUAGUGGUUGCAGUGAAAGACAAUGGUCAUCCACCCCUCUCCACCACCGUCACCAUCAAUCUAUUGAUCACCGAAGAUGGUGGGGAAAUUCUAAGAGACCACACAACACAGUCCCAGGACAUCAGCCACGGUUCCAAUUUAGCUUUUUAUUUAAUCAUCACUUUGGCGUCGACCUCCUCCAUUCUUCUCGUGGUCCUCAUUGUCCUCAUUGUGAGCAUGUGCCACUCUGAUAGAAGUCGAUCUUCCUGCUGUGAAUCUUCUGCUUCCUGCUGCAACUUAAGACGCUGGGAUAGGAGAGACACGUACCCAAAUUCCCAUGUUUAUCUUCAAACUGUACCUGAUUACAAAGGAAGUCCUCAUUUUGUUGAAUUAGUUGGGAAUGGGUCCCUCUCUCGAACGUACUCUUAUAAAGUCCGUCCAGAUCAGAUAUCAAAUAAGAAUGAUUUCCUCUUUUUAGCCCCAUAUAAUGCUGCAACUUUGCAAAAUGAUACUGGAAAUACUGACACACUUCUGGCAGAAUGGAGAAGAGAGCUAACUGGUGAAUGGAAAAAUCUACCAUGUGAGGUGGGACAACCGAAUACAGACUGGCAUGCAUCAGAGCCUCAUAUAGUUGGAAAGAUCAGUUCCCAAUGCUUGGAAGAAAAUCUAACCCAGGAUGACAUUAAACGAGAAUUCAACCGACGGCACACGGCUAUCACAUCCGGAGCAGAUGUGGAUUACAUUAAAGCAUCUCCAGAUUUGGAAGGUGGUAUACCUGGCUGGACCCCCAGGUUUGCACCACAGAACCUCGAAACCCUGGAAGCUGAUGAUUAUCAGUCAAACAUCUACGUGGGCGGCAGCCCUGUCAUGCUCUCCGGCCACCAGGACAAAGCUAUCAAGCAGGACAGGCAACAUUCUGCAUCUUCUACGAAAAAGAAGAAGAAGCGCAGCAAACGUUCGGAAAAGCGGGAAAGCAAAAGUACCAUGGAGGAGCCACAAAAUGAGUAACGCCUCUUCUCAUGGUAAUUUGAGUACUCCCGAUAUCCAAGUCAGACCAUCAGUGUAGACACAAGGGUUCUGUAAAUUAAAUUUAAAGUCACAUUUGGAAGAGAUAUUGUUGUGUGUACUCAAAUGCUAACUUGUUGUCUUGAAUGUUUUAUAAUUUUAGUUCAAUGCUUUUAUUUAGCUUGGCUCCCUUUCUUCUGUCAGGCAACAUUCAUUUCUUAUAUGUUCAGCUGUAAAUGCACAGGAGUCGGUGAGAAAAACAAAUUAAAAAUAGCGUUUUGUUAAUUCAAUGUACAGACUAAGACAGUGACCUUAUGAAAAUGUUUUUUUCACUUUGCACUCCCUAGUGUCAUAACCUACGGUCUGACUACAGGACAGAUUCAUUGUAUUAAGAUGAAAAGUUAUACAUUUGCAAAUAUUGAUUAAAUAUCCAGCUGGAGAAGACAUCUCAAUUGUCAAGAACUGAGUGAAGGCAAACGUACACAAAAUCUGUAAUCUUUAUGAAGCAGUGAUUAUUUUCAGUGCCAUCAUAAGCAAUUUUAUUCCAUGGGAAUUUGAAUUUAGCAAAUCGAGAAUUAAUGCAUGUUUUUUUUCAUGUCUCAACAAAUUGGGACUUGGGUCGAAGAACAGCAUGUAUACACCGUUAUUUUUAUGGUAUUUUAACUGCUGACAACUGGAUAUAUUUUUCUCUGUGUUCAAAGUUGAAGAUAAGAAUGUAACUGUUUUUACGUAACACGGAAAUAAUUAGUUGAAAAAGUUUCUUUAAGUUUGCAAGCAGGGCAAAGUGCACCACAGUGUAUCUAACAAAAUGUGGAUGAAACAAUAAACUGGCUUCAGCUGCUCAUCUUGGCUAAGUCAGACUGUGACUGCUUAAUACUCAUCUGAAUCACUGUGCGUUUGUAGCAACAGUAAUCACAGAGGUCAUUUCUUCAAUCACCUGCGGCAACUAUGCAUUUUGUUACAUUUGUACCAAAGGUGGCUUUCUUUCUCAAUGACAUCUAAUGUAAUCUUUUAUGCUUAGUCUAUUUUCAGAUGUAUUCUGUUUUUUGCAUGUUUAAGUAAACGUGAUCAGGACAAUCUUUACCAUG